AAUUUCCCUGGAGGCUGGAGGGAGAGAGAUCCAAUGGCUGGGUCAGCAGAAUUUGUUGAGGCAGAUAAUGCAGAGGCAAUAAUCACGAGGAUCGAAACCAAGUCGAGGAAAAUUGAAAGCUUACUCAAACAGUUCAAACAUGUGGAAGCUCUUAAAACGGCUCUUGAAGGUUCACCUCCGAAAACUCGCGAUGAACGUUGCAAGUCGGCUAAUUGGAUAGUUGUGCACAGAGCUAUAAUGGCGAUUAAGGAUAUCGACGGAAUGCUGAAUGCUCUUGAUGUCGAGUACUACGACAUCCUCAUGAAGUACUUGUACAGAGGUCUUUCUACUGGGGACAGACCCACAUGCGAUCAGUGUUUGAAGAUUCACGAGAAACUCACAGAGAGAGCUGGUCUCGGCUGCAUUCUCCGUUGUCUUACUGAUACUAUCAACGUUGUUUGA